CAGGAGGCAGAAAGAAGAGGACCAGCAGACUAAACAGUCAUAUAUGUGAGGGAGUGAAGAGAGUAAAGCAAUAAAGAGAGGACAAAUACAGAGAGAGACUCAGAGCUGAGGAGGAGGACGACGACUGGGAGAAGCAGAUGCUAUCUGAGAAGAUAUGAAAAAAAAAAAAGAGAUUCAGAAAAAAAAAAAAAGAGAUUCUGCAAGAUUCAGGACUCAUUCGGAGACUGAAGAGAAAGGUGAAGAUAAGAGUGCGAAGGACAAGGAUUGCAGUUUUAUCAUAUUUUAUCAGUUAUACAUCUCAAGUCUUACUGAACAAAUUUCCCAGCGCCUUUGACGUUUGAUGGAGGCGAACGCACGUCCGACUGCUGUGCCUCGCUCACCUCUCCGCACACGCGCACGCGUUUAAAGUGCAGCUGUGCUGAGCCUCUGACAAGAGGGAAUUUUGAUGAGCCUGAUCGACAACCCUGAAGUUAUCACACCUCGGACACAAUGAACACCUUCUCCUCGACCACUUCUUUCCCCUUCACUCUUUCAGCAUCAUCCAACUCCUCUCUUCCCCCUUCCUCCUCUCCUUUCUCCACCUCCUCAGGUGUCUCCCCCAACCAGACUAGUUGUUCAUUAGACGACAGGAGCCUCCGACUGCUGCUGGUGGUCUUCUACUCGCUCAUCUUCCUCUUUGGGCUCGUGGGUAACCUCUUUGCAGUGUGGGUCUUCCUUUUCUUACACUCGAGCCGCAACUCUGUACGAGUGUUCCUCAUCAACUGCGCUGUGGCCGAUCUGGUGCUGCUGGCGUGUCUGCCCUUCAGGGUCGUCUACCACGUUAAUGGAAACGAGUGGGCACUGGGUUCUGUGGCCUGCAAACUGGUGGGGAACCUGUUCUAUAUGAACAUGUACAUCAGCAUCACACUACUGGGCCUAAUCAGCUUGGACAGAUACUUGAGGUUGAGGGGAAAGGGUAGAGCACGGAGGGGUUUGAUGUUGCGGCUGUGGGGGCACAGCUGGCCGUGGAGCUGGGUCGCGUGCGCCGCUCUGUGGGGUCUGUCGCUGAUGGCGCUGGUGCCCAUGAUUGCCACAGCCGAGGACAAAGAGAACAGUGGCCAAUGCUUCCAGUUCAAGCAGCGACGCGUAGCCAAAGGGAAGGCCUACUUCAACGCGGUGCUGGUGGCUCUGUUCUGGUUCGUCUUCACCAUGCUCGUCGUCUCCUAUGCGAAGAUCGCCUCGCAGUUGCUCCGGGUGUCACGGGACAAACCGGACCUGCCCAACGCACAGAAAUACCAACGAACUGCCAAGAAAUCCUUCUUCGUCCUCUUUCUGUUCACCGUUUGCUUCGGGCCCUACCACGCCUUCCGCCCCGUGUACAUCCUCUCCCAGCUCAGUGAAAAAGUAUCAUGCGACUACUUGCGGCUGGUGGACCACACCAACGAGGUGAUGCUCUUAUUCUCCGCCUUCAAUAGCUGCCUGGACCCCGUCAUGUACUUUCUGUUAUCUGGCUCCGUGCGCAAGACCGCACUGCAAGCAAUUGGACACCGAUUUGGAAACAGGCUUCUAUUCCUACAUGACGCGACAUCCAACAGCUCGACGAUCGAGUUCAGGCGGCCUGGACUGAACACCCCCUCCGUCACCCCGAGAAACAGCAUCUGUGUCAUCAACUCCAGCCCCUACCGCACGGGAGUGACUCUGCUGCCACCUACUGGCCAGUGCUGAUCACAGGUUUGCCUGACUGCAAACAAUGUGAAGCAUGAACACCCGGGAAAUAAAUGACUUACAUCUCUAACACAGGUCUGACUGAUUCGCUAAUUUUCUGUACAAAUCAACAAAGCAUUUAUACAUAUACUGACUUAUUGUGUCAAAUAAAUAAAUACUACAAAUGA